AUGGAUAUUGCUAAAAUAGCAAAGAAUCUGGUGAAAUCAGUUGACAAAGGCGAGCCUUUCUGUCGGCUUGGCGCUAAGCGUCUGAGCGAGCUGAAACCUCGGCUGGAUGAAAACAAUGUACGUCUUGUUGGCAUCGGCCUUGAGGAAGUAGGCGUUGAUGAAUUUGUAAAAGGGGAGUACUUUAAAGGAGAAUUAUAUAUUGAUACAAAGAAAGAAGCAUAUAAGGCACUCGGCUUUAGAAGGCUGAAUAUUUUUAGUGUGUUUCCUUCCAUAUUUGGGAAAAAGGCAAGGGAAUUUAAUGAAAGGGUGAAAAAAGAAAAGAUAUCUGGAAAUAUGACUGGUGAUGGAAUGCAGAAUGGUGGAACUUUGAUAGUGGGGCAAGGUGGUAAACUCUUGCUAAGUUUCCGUCAGGAGAAUGCACCUGACCAUGUUGAGAACGAAGAUGUUUUAAAAGCCCUCGGUUUACCGGUUGAUACCGGUUCCGGUGGAGAGACAGGUGAGGGAACCGGAGAUGGAGCCACUGGUGGGGCAGGAGGUAGUGACGAGAAACCGCCAAAUGUUGUGUGUGAGGAGGAUGUGUGUAGAAAAGUUUAAACUUAUGUUAACUUUGUAACAAUUGUGUAGAGAUGUAUGAUAUAAAGAUACACGUAUGUAUGUGUCAGAUGUAUAGUUAUAUACGUGAGAUAUUUGAAGAUAUAUAUGAGAUAUAUUAUGUCUAAUAUAUUAUGAUUUUUGGUAAUAUUGUUUUAAGCGGCCUACAGCUUUUAUGUUUUUGUUGGACAAACAAUUUUGUGCUGUUAAAAAGUAAUUAAGAUAUUUCAGUAAUAUGACCUGGGAAAAGAGUAUCAUACCUGAUAAGCCUUUUUCAAAACAGAGCCCAAAUAGCUAUUUAUAGCAUGCAGUGACAUUUAUUUCUAAAAAUAGAAAGUUGGGAAAAUAAUUAUCCACUUUACGAAUUUACAUAUAGACAGCAGACCGGUAGAUUAGAGGUAUCGAGGGGUUGCCAUAUUGUUUAUGUUUUUUAGUGAUGACAAUUUUCAUUUUAUGCCUUAAUUGUUUUUAUUUUGACAAUUAUAUUACAAGAUUUAUCUUAAAAUAACAUAUUCAACUUUUAGAAAAGCUAUUAAAGGCCGCUUUAAUGCUUUAUGUUAAUAACACAACAUCCUAGAGUUAAUAGUUAAAAUCCAUGUUUUGUUGUUAUGAAAUUAUUUUCUUUUGAGAAAUGGAUGGUCAGUUAUUAUUAAGGGCAUUGAAAUGUUUAGGUGCUUUAUUUAACAGUAAUUUAUUACCAUAUAAAUAUGAUAUAUUGAACUAUCACUGUGUUUAGCCAUUAACCUAAUGUGAUGUUAAAUUUCUCAAUUUAGAUUAUAAUUAUAUUACCACACAAUGACUAAACCCACCUUCCUGCAAGACACACUGAGCCAACAGUUUACCAACAUUUCUGUAAGGUCCUCUAUGAUAUUUGUAUUAAAUUUUCAUAAAAAAUCUAAAACUGUAAUAUCUGAACUUGUUCUAUCUGAACUUGUUCUAUUUAGAAGAAAUUGUUUCAUCAAGUGCACAAAUUAAGUGAUUCAAUCAAGCCAUUGGCAUUACUGUCAUAUUAAAUAUACAUGUAGGUCAUGGGUUGUAUACAGAGUUUUAAGAAAUUAAUUUUCGAGCAAAUGAAGUGAUGUGAGAAAAUAAGUUUCUUCAAAAUUCUGUAAUUAUAUAACUUAUAACCGACUAACAGUUAGCUCCGCCCAUUCAAAUCCAGUGCAUUAUAUUAAUAGGCGGUGUCCAUUAAAUCGGCUCAUUUAACACUGAUAAAUUGCAGGUCGUAUAAGAAUAGAUAAAAUAGUAUGUUUUUUGUUGGGCUUUCAGUUAUUAAGUUGGAGAUGAAUAUAUUUGUAAUAUUUGAAGAAGACUGAGAUUUGGUAUUAUUAAUAUUUUAUUGGUGCUAAAAUAUGAUUGAAGAGGUGGUUUGAACAAAAUACACAGAAAUAACAUGGAAAAAAAAAGAGAAACCAUUCAGCCAUCUUGUGUACAUUAAUGUAUUCUGAAAUUUCUGAUGUGUUCCAUUAAUGUGCAACACGUUAGGACAAUUUUUAUUGCAGUUGUUGAAGUCAUUGGGUUAAAUUUCUUAAUAAUCGGUUAAAUGGAAAAUCUUCAGUAUCUAUGUCAGCAUCGUGUAAAUAUUCAAAUCACUUUAUUAUCAGGCACCUAGAAAAUAACGACAGUGUACAUUAAAAAUGUUUAAUUAUGUGUGAUAUUAACACGUACUUUACUGCGUUUAUUACACAUGAAUUAUUCUUCUUCUUAUAAUUUGAAAUUCCAGAUGUCCCUCGGUAAUUUUGUAAAAGCAAAAGAUUUUAUAAUCUCAACUUAUGAGGAUGCUCUGGAGGACUAAGGUAUCUGUAAAGUUAGAACAUUGUCAUUCUGAUACAAGUUUAAAGUCUUGACGUUUUUUCGUAUUAUGGGAGGCAUUAUUUUCUUGAAAUAAAUGAACAGAUUAUUUCUAGAACUGCAUGGUUAUCUGUUCAAAGAAAGGCGAUAAUGCCAGGCGUAUUCCAAAAACAUAGAAACAACCUUUACUAUUCCAAAUAUCUUAAAUUCACUUGUUGGUCUUUUUAUCUGGACAAAACCUUUCAUAACUUUUUUUUUUAGCGCACAUUUUGAAAAUAAUUACUGACUGAAAUAGUGGACAGUGCAGACCUUGAUCAGACGGCACAGAUAUGUCAGCUAAUGUUGGUCUGUACUGGUAGCAUGGUGGAUAUUCUGUUGCUGACAAAAAAUGAUGUUAAGCUGAUUGUUUGUUGGGAAAGGUUAGUGUGUGCAACUAAAGUGCUCCUAAUGAAAUCAUUAUAAACUUUGUGAGAGAAUUGCGUAUGUAGGGAAAUUUGAUAAGAAUGACAAUUUGAAAGUCAAUGUUUCUAUUUUGUACUGUGGGGGAUGGGGGAAUUAUAACUAUACGAAAGUCUGGAAAGAUUUUAUUUUGGAUUUUAAUGAUCAGUUUGAAAAGGUUUAAUAAAGUGUUAUCAUAUAUUUUCAGAAAUAUUUUUUUUCUUUAAGUUUCCAUCAAAGGGUUAAUUCAGAAAAUGAUGAAUGAAUGAUUUUUAUGAAGAUAAAGAUAUAAUAUAAUAAUGUCCUUAAGGUAUUUUAAUCUUCAGACAAUUGCUUUAUAGUUGUAUGGAAAUAAUGAUUGAAAUUUUUUUUAACCUAUAUUUUCCCUAGUCUGUAUAAAUUUCAAAGAAACACAGUCUGUCAGUGGAUGUUUUGUGGUACUUGUUUGAUUCGCAAGUUAAGUAGGUCAAUAACACAAGUAAAUAUUGUUAGGAAAACAUCCAUGUUUCCUGUCCAGUGUUAGGAAAACUGACUAAUGUAAGGAAAACUUGCAUUAAUGAGCCGCGUACACAACAAAAUCAACAUAAUGGGUUUGUGACCAGCAUGGAUCCAGACCAGUCUGCGCAGUCUGAUCAGGAUCCAUGCUGUUCGCUAUCAGUUUUGCUACUUGUAAUAGGGUUGGUAAGCGAACAGCAUGGAUCCUGAUCAGACUGUGCGGAUGCGCAGGCUGGUCUGGAUCCAUGCUGGUCGCAAAGCCAUUAUGUUGGUUUUGUCGUGACGCGGCACAGUUGUGGUUUCUGACCAAACUGAUUCUUGAUACCCAAUAAACUGACAAUAAAAAGUUGUGAAUUCAAAGCAAGGCAAACUAAUUACAUAAGACCAGUAGGAAAAUGGUUAAUACACAUAUUAUAUAUGAAUACUUUUUGUUAUGAUAUUGAGAAAAUUAAGAAGUCAAUUAUCAAAAAUGCUUAAAUGAUAAUUAAUUAUAUUAUUAUGUAUUAAUCAAUUUGUAAGCUGUUAACAUUGGUAAUCUCUAUAUCAAAAUUGCUAAAUAGCUUUUUAUUCUUGAAUAGAAAUUGAUAAUUUUCAUUGUUGAUAUGAUGUAGUAAACAUUUAAUGAGUGAAUUUGUUGAAAGAUUUAUUCAAGACAACCAGCUGCAGGAUGAUUGUCAGCCCUCAUUCUGAUUUAAAGACACAUUAUGCCUCAGAAAUCCAUAUAUUUUCAAGUUCUUUAGAAAUGUCAAACAUGUGUUUAAUAAAGUUUUAAAAAUGAAUUUAGAGCAUAUUAGAUGUUAAACAACUGAAGAAGUUGCGUUAAGUGAGCAGUAAUAUGUGGUAAAGCUAGCAAAAUGUCAACCUGGUGUAGUAUUUUGACUUCUGUACAAAAUACUCAAUUCUUUAUAAUUAUACCAAUUGCUAACAGAACAAAAGAAGUAAAACAUAGUUCAUCUGUGUGGCAAAUGAGUUUUUUGGGUUGUUUUUUUCUGUGUGUGAUAUUUUCAAACUGUUACAAGAUACCAAAAAUAAAAAGUUUUUGAGAAUUUAAAAUUUAGCAUUCUGGGAUUAAUAAGUAACAUGCCCUUGUCACUGGUAUAGAGCUAGGUUAGCCUAUACAUCCGUGCAGUCCAACCAGGCUCUAUACUGUUGAUAGCUCAAUAUGUUGUACCUUGAUAUUGAAAUCCUUUAAACUCUAAAUGGAAUAAUCCAAACUCAAAGUUACAGAAAUUUAGGAGGUAAAAUGAUUUCAGUAUCUCAUUUAAAGAUGAUUGUAUGACAUGAAGGACCAAUUUUAUUAUGAUAUUUCCUUGUAUAUUUGCAAUGCUUUUUGUACUUAAUAUUUAAUACUGAAGUAGAAAAUUGAAUUUUUUAUACAUAUAUAUGUUUAUGAUAAACACUUCAUGUGUACUCAUAAGUUAACAAUUUUUUCACCGAUUUAUGAACUUUGUCUUAGUAAAUGUGCAUUAUGAAAUCAGGUUUUGUAACCAUUUAUGGUAAAACCUGAUUGAUCUACCAUUUAUUUUGGUUGCCAUUGGAGACAAGUUCAUUUUUCAGUUUUAAAUUGUUCAUCUUAAGUGUUCAAAACAGGUUUUAUUACUUAUUGAAAAUAAAAUUUAAAAUCAUUGU